AUGGACAAGAAGAGGUCUGGGCUCACGGGCCUGGAGGAGGUGGACGUGGAAGCAAGUGGAAGCAUCUUUGUGGCAAGGGAGAUGGUGAGGCGCCCGCUGCAUCGUAUUCCGUACAGCUUCCCGUGUAUCUCUGUGGAUGGCCAUACGGACGGCUGGAUUUGUAAGCGGUACGAAGUGGAAGGCUGUGAGGUCAUCUGGGCCAUUAAGGACAAAGCCAUCGGCAAUACGUUCUUCGAUGCCGGGGCCGCAGAAUUCUUGAUUUCCAAGCUCCAUUCUGGAAAGGAUGAGGCACAACUGGCGCAGAAAAGGACUAGAUACACAACGGAAGGCAGGCAGAAGGCAGCCCGCAGCAGAGCGAGCGCCGGUGAGCUGGGCAGCGCCCUAGGACCGGAUUGGCACGAAGGUCUGUCUCUCAAAGGAACGAGGGAGUGUUCCCGGCACGUUCACAUUGAGCCGCUGUGCGAAGUGAAGGCAAUCUACCUGCAGGAGGAGUUUCGAGGUCUGGGGAGAAAGUCCCUGAGUUUCCCCAGAGAUCUCCAUGGGCCGACGUCCCCCACGGCAGAUCAAGACCUGUGGCCGGUGUAUGUGGAGCUGACCAAUGAGAAGCUCUACGGCUGUGACUUCAUCAUCAGUGCGACCGGCGUCGUGCCAAACACGCAGCCCUUCCUCCACGGGAACGAGUUUGACGUAGGAGAAGACGGCGGCCUGCGAGUGGAUGAGCACAUGCGCACGUCCCUCCCUGACGUCUACGCGGCCGGCGACCUCUGCUCAGCGUCCUGGAAGCCCAGCCCCGUGUGGCAGCAGAUGAGGCUGUGGACCCAGGCCAGGCAGAUGGGCUGGUACGCGGCCAAGUGCAUGGCUGCGGACCUUCUGGGAGACCCAAUCGACAUGGAUUUCAGCUUUGAGCUCUUUGCACACGUAACAAAAUUCUUCAACUAUAAGGUCGUAUUGUUGGGAAAGUACAACGCGCAGGGCCUGGGCGCAGAGCACGAGUUGAUGCUGCGGUGCACGCAGGGGCUGGAGUACGUCAAGGCGGUGCUGCAGGACGGGCGCAUGGUGGGCGCCGUGCUCAUCGGGGAGACGGACCUGGAGGAGACAUUCGAAAACCUCAUCUUAAACCAAAUGGACCUGUCCCCCUACGGAGAAGACCUCCUGGACCCCAGCGUUGACAUAGAAGAUUAUUUUGACUAGCAUAGCAAGGGAGUUUCUCGAAGAACCACGGGAAAUGAGUCACUUUGGAGUCCUAAAUGCAGAAGCGACCAUGGUUUUGCUGGAAAACACGAAGAGAAAGACAACUGCGUACAUAAUUUAUUGAAAGACGCCGCGUUCUGAUCGGGAAACACGGACCACCUACGUGAAGAAAUCCCCCGUCGCCCGGGGUUUGUGUUUUAAACCCACCCCAUUCGCUCAGGUGGAUUCAGCUUCGCCACCAAGCGCCCAGCGCGCCUCCACUCCCCAGAAAACCGCAAAACCAAGCCGGGAUUGUGAAAGCUCUGAGUUUUAUUUAAAUAAAAUGGUGGGAGCGCCUUGCUGGUUAAGAUUGGUAAUAACGCCUUCUUUGUAUUUGAAUUACAGCUGUUUUUUUAUCGCCUGGCAUCUACAUUAUUCAGCUAAAUAGAUGUCACUCACUGGGCAUGAUGAACCUACAUCAGAGUCAUGUUGCUGUUCAAAGUUAGCUGCGUAGCUCACGCCUGUAAUCCCAGCUACCCAGGAAGCUGAGAUCUAAGGAUCGCAGUUCAAAGCCAGCCUGCCCAGAAAAGUCAGUAGGACUCUUCAGUAAACCAGCAAGAAGUCCAAGUUGGCACUGUGGCUCCAGUGGUCCAGCACUGGCCCUUGAGCAGAAAAACUCAGGCGACAGCACACUAGGCUCU